AUGACGGGAUUUUUGGACGUCUCGAGAUCGGAACGGCUCGUCGAUGGGGAGUCCUCUUACCCAGAAGAUGCUAACGACAACUUUGACUUUGAGCGAAUCAACUGCUAUGUUUACAAAGGCGAGCAGAAGACUUGGAGAGUUGGGCCAGAUCCGACCAAGUGUGACUGCUGGAUGGUCAGCGACUGCGAAGCGGCAACCUUCGACGAAUUUUUCCGCCAAGUUCUCGAGUGCCACGAUGGCAUCAACUGGUGGGAGUACCGAUCUGUCAGAGGCGAAACCACUCCGACCGAGUUCCGACGAUUUCUGAUCAAGCAUCACUACGCCGACAAGUACGCGAAUGAGUACAGUAUCUCUCACAGCGCUUCUUCUCCCUGGAAACAGCCAUUGAUCGGGUUCUGGGAUCGUCGAGAGUCAAGCCGAUUCGGGGAACCAGAUUAUCUUAUGCGACGUUGCCGAAUGCCACGAGAUCGAACCUGGUGUCCUGAAGGAAAAGUGCGAACCCCAACUCCUCCUCCACCAACUCCUUCUCCUGAGCCCGAGCCAGUAAUUGAAGAACCAGUGAAGCGAGCUCCCACUCCAGAGCCGCUUUCGGAAAACACUUACGUCUACCUUUAUCAUCUCGGCGGACGAUGGCGAAUCGGACCCGACUACCGGGACAAGAACUGCUGGUUGUUCACGAAGAAGAUGGCAAAGGAGCGAGUAAAUCGAUCAACUCAGUGGUACAGAGUUGAUGAUAAUGACCAGAUUGUUCCAACAUCAGUGGAGAUCGACCAAUUGGAUCAGCCGAACGAACGAAUCCCAUACUUUGCCGAAACCCCAGAAAACCCCGCAGGAGACUCCAAGCCUUUGCCAAAGAACGUUUCUGACAACCUCCUCGGCGCUUACACUCCCCAUCGAGCCGCUGAUGAAGUCUGGUACCACGGACCUAUCAUGUGGAAGGGAAAACGACUCCAGCAAUUCCAAAAAGAUGUAGAAGACGAUGAAAUGGUCUUCAUUGGCGAUCGUAACAUUAAUCCAUGGAAGAAUGUCCACAACGCAGGUGUCACUGGCUACUAUGAUCUUGUUCGGGGCCGAUGCAUGGGCUCAACGAGCGACAUGUUCUACAUCGCUCGACAUACAACGCGGCCCGAGUACCAGAAAAUCUACAUUUACCGACUGGGUAGUCGAUGGGCUGUCGGCCCUCAGAGAAAUGGAGAUCAGUCCAAAGUGUGGCUGUACUCGGAAGAAAACAAUACUCAUGUCACGGAUCCAAAGUUGAAGUGGAUUGAAAACGUCAAGGGCGAAACUCGCAAGUCUCACAAGAACAUCAAAGUCUACCCUUGCGGCGUCAAAUCUGCACUUUAA